AUGGCAUCGCUACAACAAUGUUUUGUCGACGAAAUCAUCGAGCCGGUCAAACUGAUUGAAGUCACACCUUCUUCGGAUGAAGAUUGCAAGAGCGACCUGGCUAUUCAUGAGUUCUUGGAUCCGCAGGGCCUGAGUUCGUACAUGGAAGAUGGCCGAGACAGAGACUUCACCUAUCGCUUCAUAUCGAUAUGCCAGCGCAACUCAUGGAGACCGCUGCAGAUUACCAAGCCGAUGAUGAAGCUACUAAAAGACGGCUUUGAACUAGGCGACUCGCUAUGGGAGUUGGCAUCAUGCUUCUACGUCCGGAACAUGGACGUCGAAGAGGUUUUCUGCAUGCCUUUCACGGAGCGAAGAACUGGGCCCGUAGUCGAGGCGGCAUACACCAUUCGAUACCCCGAAUUCAAGCCGGAGAGCAACAAGUGGGUCAUUAGACAGACCGGUGUCUAUCAUCGUACCAAUUCCAAGACAAGCCAAAAUCUCUGCAUAUUGUUCAACCCGAUGCCCGGUGCGGAGGCAAACCAAAAAGCUCAAGACUGGCUGUUCGACCAUUACAGAGAUACCGAGUUCGAUCCUGUGUGGCUGCACAGGGUUCUUCAUGAAACCUUUUUGCCAUCGUGGAGGUCUUACAUCGCCUACUAUGAGCGGCAAUUCUUACCCAUGGCGCUUACAACAUUCGCAACUUUCAUAGAGGAGCCGUCAACGCAAAAGUCAAGUCACCUUACGACACUGGCCAGCUUAGAGAAUCGCUUCCUUCAGGUACCCGCCAUCCUUGCUUCCGCAGAAGAUGUUCUCAAAGAAUUGUCUGAGCUGUGCAAGUUGUGGCGAAAUGACAAGAACCAGGGGGCGGCUAGUCUCUCGUCUGUAGACUUUGAGAACUUCCGGCGCCAAUGUGGUGCUUUCUCUCGAACGGCUUCCUACCUACAUCAACGAGCCCAGACGACAGCCCAACUCCUCGCCAACACGUUGUCUUUCCGAGAACAAUUAGACACAAGAAAGCAGAAUGAGAACAUGCUGAACCUCAAUAAGUCGGUGGUCUUUAUUACUACUCUGACCUUGCUGUAUCUACCGCCAUCGUUCAUUGCUACCUUCUUUGGUAUGAACUUCUUCGACCUGGACGACGAGAACAACAGGAUUGUUAGCACAUCGAUGAUCUGGAUAUACGUCGUUGCUUCGAUUAUACUUACUGCUGCUACAUUCAUCAUCUACCACAUGCUCCUGGAGGGAGGUCCCUUUGGCAAGCGGAAGAUGGUCUUGCCCAAAGCGGGCGAAUGGAACCAGCUGAAGAUAUGGGUCCGGAAGAGAAGCACAUUUGCCGAGAAGAACGCCCUUGCUGUUUGA